AUGGAAAACCAGACGUAUAGUGAACAUGUUCUACUGCUGGAGGGGUUGUUGGUCACCAACCAGUCCUCUUAUCCAGCCUUCAUCCUCCUCCUCCUCGUCUACAUCUUCAUAAUGGUGUCCAACAUCGGCCUCAUUGUGCUGAUUUGCACAGAGAGGAGCCUGCACCACCCCAUGUACAUUCUGUUCUGCAACCUGCCUCUAAAUGAUGCUCUAGGGGCAACUGCCAUUGUGCCUCACUUGCUAAUUGACAUGUUUGUAGCAAGUUCAGAGCGGUCUAUCAGCUACGUUUAUUGUGUUUUUGAAGCAUUUUGUGCCCAUGUUUAUGGUACCACCGCUCACACCAUACUGAUGAUCAUGGCCUUUGACAGGUAUGUGGCCAUCUGCAACCCCCUACGCUACACCACCAUCAUGAGCACCAGGAUGGUGGUCAAGCUGACUGUGUUUGCCUGGGGGGUGGCCUUCCUCUUGGUGGGGAUUCUCCUAGGGCUAACCAUCCGCUUGUCACGAUGCAGGAGAGUUAUCACAAACCCUUACUGUGACAACGCCUCUCUGUUCAAGCUCUCCUGUGAGGACGUCUCCAUCAACAACAUCUACGGGCUCACUUUCACAGUCCUGCUUCUGGGGUCUUCUAUAGGGACCGUCACUCUAACCUACCUGAAGAUCGCCAUGGUGUGUGUGAUGAGCAAGAACAGGGUGCUGAACAGCCGUGCCCUGCAGACCUGCACCACACACCUCGCAGUCUACGUCAUCAUAAUAGCAAGUGGCGUCACUGCCAUCUUCCUGCACCGCUUUCCUCAGUGGUCUGAUCACAGGAAGUUGUCAGCCAUCAUGUUCCACGUGGUUCCGCCUGGACUCAACCCUAUCAUCUACGGACUGCAGACCAAAGAAAUACGGCAGAAGAUCUACAGCAUCAUUCACAAAAAUAAAGUGUCACAGAGAUGA